AUGGGGCACAUAGAUGAGGUAGUUGCAAAUUUAUUCGAUCAACUUAGUAAACAGAACACACCUGUGCCUGCAAUCCUAGCCGAGAAGUUUAGAUCCUUGAGUGCAUGUCGGAGAGCUGGUGAAGGUAGAUUCAUUGGAUGUACACAGUUGUUGUUAGUAUGGUUCCAUAGUCACUUUUGGAAGGUUGAUAAGGUUCCUUACCGAGUGUUCUUUGAGGACUAUUCUCCCUUAACAGAAGCUGCAACUACGCCGAGGAUGGAUGACAUUACAGAGGAAAGAUGGACGGAAAUACUUCAGAAUCUCCAAGAGGAAUAUGUAAUGUGGAAAGCUCCUUGGAUGGCUCCUAAUGAAGUCCUUUAUCGUUGUGGAAGUUUUGAUUGGGUACCUCUUCCUGGAAUUUGGGGAGUCGUUGGUUCUGCACCAUUACUCGUCCUAAGGAAAUACAAAGCGGGGCAGUUUAUACCGGCAACACAAGGGUUAGCUCAGAGUGAUUUCUUAUAUAAAGGGGAUCAUUAUAAGAAGAAGAUGCGAAAGAUUUCCAAGGCUUGGAAGAAAGUUUGUUGUAUAAAGAUUCUGACUGAAAGACCGACGACGAUCCUUGGAUACAAAGAGUGGUUUAGUAAGAGGAUCAAUGAUAAUAUCCCUAGGCCAAGUUUGGGGGCUACCCGAUCAAUGAAGGAGAGUUUACGAGUGAUUCCAUCAGAGUUGGAAGUUAUAAAGCAAGAGUUUGAAAGGAAGAAUUUAGAGCUCGGGAGAAAGAUAGAGAAGCUUGAGGAGGAGAAGAUGUACUUGAGCUUAGACGUCGACGUUCAUAGAAUUGAGGCCGAAAAAGAGAGAAAAAAAAAGAGGAAGAUUGAGGAAGACCAAGAUGACUUGAAGACGCAAUAUAAGAGGAUACAGUUAUUAAUGAAAAGAGCUGGAUUGGGGAAGUCUUCAGAGCAGUGA